AUGCCCAACCCCCCGCACCAGGCAAAGAACCCCGAGGUGGUCGAGAUUGACGCGUCGAGGCCUGCUGAGGAGAUCGCCAACAUCAUUAGACGUGAUGGUGGUGUUAUCGUGAAGAACUUCGUUAGCCAUGAGAUAAUCGACCAGAUCCAACGGGAGGCCGACCCCUACUACAGCAAGCUCGGCAAGUACGAGGGCAAGCUUUUCGACGCCAAAGAUCCUCCCCUGAGUGGCUUCGCUGGCAAGUCGCGCACAUUCGCGCAUGCAUGCAUCAACCACCCGACGUACAGAGAGGUGUCAAAGCUUCUCCUGAAAGAAGAACACACCGUAUUCCGUGACGGCAAACGAUACAAGACAGUUUCAAACCCAGUCCUAGCUGUAUCAGAGGCAUUCAACAGAGGAUCGCCUUCGACAGCGCAGCAGCUGCACCGUGAUGACAUGGCUCAGCACUUUGAGCAUCUCGAAGGCAGUGGCGAGAGCUCUCUGCUUGGUCUCCUCGUUGCCGGAGUGGACACCAACUUUGAGAACGGCGCGACACAGGUCAUUGUUGGCUCCCACAAGUGGCCAGAGGCAGCGAUCUGCGGGCCUUCAGACCGCUCGCUGUGCUCGACGUGCGAGAUGAGCAAGGGAGAUGCCGUCUUCAUCAUCGGCAGCAUCUGGCACGGCGCCGGCGAGAACAAGACGAACCCGCCCGAGCGCCGCAUCAUCUACUCGUGCCACAUGACCCGUGGCGCCAUGCGCGCCGACGAGAACCAGUACCUCGCGGUGGAGCAGGAUGUCAUCCGGACUUACGAGCCGGAGGUUCAGGCCCUGAUGGGAUACUCUGUCAGCGAGCCCUUCUGCGGACAUGUGGACCUCAAGGAUCCCAUCACGCUGAUGGGCAGUGAGGAGGACCCGUUCAAGUAUGGAGGCUUUGCGGGCAAGGAGGUCACAGCUACUGCAUAA